AUGGAGGAGGUCAUAUUUACACACAUUCACUACGGUGGGACCUUUGUAGAAAAUCCUGACCCUAAUUACCAUUCAUUUUUAGUGCCAAUCAUCAGACAUCUACUGGACCUAAUAAAAGACCUAAAAAAUGAGGACCCCUUUCAUGUAUAUGUCCUUCAUUCAUUGGAUACUGCCUUGGCUGAAACUGAUGGGCAUGUUGGUCUCUUAAAAGGCCCAGAAGUUUCUUCUAGUCCAACUAGGUCAUCAAAAGGGGUUGGGGCUGCUGAUAACUUAGAUAAAGAGGGUGUUGGGACUGCUGCUGAUAACCUAGAUCAUGAGGGUGUUUGGUCUGCUUAUGAUAACCUAGAUCAUGAGGGUGUUGGGGUUACUCCUGAGUUUGUAUAUAGGGUUGAAGCAUCUAAUAUAUCUGAUUGUGUGAGUAGUGAUUCAGAUCUAAGAGAAAUACCACCAGAAGAUGGAGGGUUUGAGGAUAUUGGGAAAAAUAAGUCUAACAAAUAUGUUGGGAAAUUGGGUGGAGAUGAGGAAUAUAUUGAUAGCUCUGACUGUUGGAGUGAAGAUAGUGAAGAACAACUUGAUGUAGAUGCUGUAAGGGGGGUAGAUUUACCUUCUAGAAGGAAAAGCAAAAAAGUUAGAUAUAAUGAAGAUUGUGAGGUGGCUGUUUUUGAGCUUGGAAUGGUCUUUGAUGGUGUAACACAAUUUAGAAAGACUCUAGCAGACUAUGCUGCAGAAUAUAGGAGACAGUUAAAGGUAAGACCAAACGAUAGCCAUAGGGUGAGGGCUAAGUGUAAAAAUACCAAGUGUAAAUGGGUGUUGGCAGCUAAGCUUGAUAGGGACACAGGUGAUUUUAAGGUGAUUACCUAUCAUCCCAUUCACAAGUGUAUUCCUUUGAACAAAAACAAGAUGUGCACUUCUAAGCUAAUAGCAAGGAAGUUCAAGGACAAAAUUGUUUCUCAACCUUACAUAAGGAUAUGGGAAAUUCAGGAAUUGGUAAGGGACAAGCUUGGUCCUUAUGUUGGUAGGACUAUUUUCCACAGGGCAAAACAUAGGGUUAUGAUAGAAAAUAUGGGUGACUGGAAUCUGGAAUUUUCCAGAUUAUGUGAAUAUGCUGACAUGAUCAAGCAAACCAAUCCAGGAAGUAGUUGUUGGGUUAAAAUUGAUAAGGAGACUGAACCUGGGAAAAACUUUUUUGUGUUCUUCUAUGUGUGCUUCCAGGCAUUUAAGCAAGGCUGGUUGGAUAGGUACAGAAAAAUAAUAGGAUUCGAUGGUUGUUUUCUGAAAGGAGCUUGUAAGGGUGAGCUAUUGGUAGUUGUGGGCAAGAAUGGGAACAACCAAAUGUAUCCUAUUGCCUGGGCAGUGGUGGAUACAGAGACUAAACAUAGCUGGAAUUGGUUCAUAAAGUACUUGAUUGCUGAUUUGAAUUUGGGAAAUGGUGAAGGGUUGACUGUAAUGUCAGACAUGCAAAAGGGACUUAUUCCUGUCUUAUUGGAGUUGCUGUCAAAUGCUGAGACAAGGAGAUGUGCUAGACAUGUUUGGAGUAAUUGGCACAAAGAGUGGAGAGGAGAAGAAAGAAGGAAGCAGUUUUGGAGAUGCUCUAAGGCUAGCUUUGAAGUCAAGUUUAAAGAGGAGAUGGAUAAAAUGACCAAAUUGGGUAAGCCCAAGAUAAUGGAGGAUUUUAUGCAUUAUGAGCCUUUUACUUUUUGUAGGGCAUAUUUCAAGUUUCAUUCCAAGUGUCAUGUUGUGGAAAACAACAUGUGUGAGACUUUUAAUUCUUGGAUCUUAGCUUCUAGACAUAAAUCUAUUAUCACCAUGUUAGAGGAAAUUAGGCAUAAAAUGAUGAAUAGGCAUCUAGACAUGAUCAAAUUUGCCGAAACUUGGAUUGAUGAUAUUUCCCCCAUGGCAAGAAGAAUAUUGGAAGAGAACAAGGAGUUGUCUAAUAGGUGUCAUGUUCAAUGGAAUGGGGUUCAUGGUUUUGAAAUUAGAGAUGGUGGGUUCACAUUUGUUGUCCACCUGGAUAAGAAAUAUUGUGACUGUAGGCUGUGGAUGUUAACAGGUGUUCCUUGCCCUCAUGCUGUUUGUGCUUAUUAUUACUUGAAUCAAGAUCCUGAUGCACAUGUAGAGCAUUGGUAUAGGAAGGAAACAUUUCUUAAGGCUUAUAGCCACUUUAUCCAACCUAUUACCAAUAUGAGGAUGUGGCCUAAGACUACAAACCCAUCAAUAGAACCUCCAGUGCCAAGAAAAAUGCCUGGGAGACCAAAGAAGAAAAGAAUGAAGGAUAAAGAUAAGCCAAAGAAAUAUAGAUAG